AUGGAUACGAGUCGCGGCAGCUUCUACGACCACGACAUACCGUCACUGACCGCGUCCCUCGAGGCCUUCGACCCUGAGCGGAGUUCCAGCAUGCAACAUUCAGCCUACAGCGCCCGCUCCAACAUGAACUCGUCGCGAUGGAGCAUACCGCAGGAGGAGCCCGAGUCCGAGGCUGAAUCAGAUGGGCCGUGGGCGCCCCCAGCAUGGCAGAAGUCGAACAACCAGUGGUUGCGCAAGUCACAUCUGAGUGAAAGCGCGACCCGGUCAAGCAGGUCCCCGUUCGAACGCGAGAUCACGCCGUCCCGCAUACCACUGCCCGAGUCUCCCCUCAAGCAUACACCGCGAACCAGCCCCGAACCCAUGUCAGAACAGGAGCAAUCAUAUAUGCCCCGUAAUAUCGCCUCGAGGAUGCAGAGCCCGUCAGAAGAACCACAGACCGGUGCGGGUGCGGAUGACAUGGCCGUGUCGCAUCAUGACGACGGGACGCAGUCGGAAGGAUUCGUGCGCUUUGCGAUUCGCGGCGAGACGCUUUUCCGCACUGCACCCUUUGAAGAUACCGUGACAGCCUUCUCCGAUGGAUUCAACAUCUUCACACGAUCGCGCAUCAAUGUCGUGGGCACCCUCGUCGCCAUUCUCGUUUCGUACCUACUAUUGCAGCCAUGGACGGCAACGUUAAUACCAGAUAUCGCCAACGUCGCAGGUAUGGCGAAGCAGUUCGAGCCGUUGAUGUAUGCUUCAGAAAAUGUGAUACCGCGGUCGCGGGAGUUGGCAGAGGCGAGCAUCGCAGUGCAAGAUCUAGGCGAGAGUGUGCGCGCGACCAACAUGUCAGCGUCAACGAUCAUCAUCGACCAACUUGACGAUUUGGGUGACAGCUUAAGAAUGCUUUCCGAGAAGCUCACGAGCUUCUUUACAAACGUUGAUGGAGACAUCGAUUCUAUCCUUGUGACCAUGGAGUGGACCAAGCGCGAGCUACAAAGCAUCCAGGGACCCAGUAUUGGCAUGGUAGACACAGUCAUUGGCAACAUCCACGGCGGCCUCAGCAAGAUUGGCGUCCUGGAGCGCAACGGCUCACCCACCACCGUUGGCCGUGUAGUCACCGACGUUCUCGGUCACACUCGUCAACAACGCUCAAAAGACACACUCCAACGUACCUUCGACCAUCUCCUCUCCACCCUCGAAGAGAACAUAGCCGGCGAGCUCGCCCGCGCCGACACCCUCUUCCAGAUCUUCGAAAGCGUCGACCGCCAAUUCCAAACCCUCCACCGCUCCGUCGCAAAGGAAGAAGACUCUCUCGCCAACAAGAAAGACGAGUUCCUCGCUUCUCUCUGGCGGACCAACAUCAAGAACAAGAUGAAGAUCAAAAAGUACGAGAAGAACCUCAAGCUCCUCAAGGACGUCCGCGCAUCGACCCUCUCGAACAAGUUCGAGCUCAAGAGCCAUAUCCAGAUCAUCCGCAGCGUCAAGGACCAGCUCGACAAGACGCGCAAAAACCUCAUCAGCCCGCUGAUCCGCCGCGCGCAGAGCAACAGCUUUGGCAUCGAGCAGCAAUUGCAGGAUCUAUCAGGCACAUACGGACUGCUCAAGGGUGUCCGAGACGCGCAGAAGAAAAAGGUUAUGCAGCAAUUGUACGGCGGCUCAGGCAAGCGUGCCGCCAUUACCACCGGCAACGACAGCGAAUAUGAAGCCGAGGAUGCGACGAUUUGA